GAGAGCUGAAGAUGUGGGGUGGGAGUUGGGGGGAGGAGAUCGCCCAAAGCGCCUAGUGCCUGGCUCUCUGAGCGCACCCUUGAGUGUAUGCCAAGGUACUCCUCCCUUCCCUGACUCCUAACCUCCUAGCACUUCUUCUUCCUAACACCUUAAAGAUCCAGCUCUGCUUGCCCAUGCCCAAAUCCCUUAGAAACCCACCCAACUCCCUCCCAGGCACCUGGAGAUUGGAGAGGGGUUGACUAGGUCAGUGAGCCAUGUGUGUCCGCUGGGACUUCAGCCAGGCCCAGCUCCUGGACAGUAUCCUAGGGCUAGGGGCACUAGGAGUGACAAUCCGAACAGUCUUCUCGACAGCUGGCCUAGCCCUGCUGCUCCUGCUGCUGGUCAGCUUCCUUGCUUUUGACCUGCUCCAUGGGCCCACUGGUCCCACCCUGCCACGACACAGACUUCCCCCAAUGGGUCAGAGCCAGGGGGCUGGUGAAGGUCCAGGACAGCAGGCAGCUCCCCUCCUCCCAACAGGGCUAGUCUCGGGACUGGUCAGCCUCCAGGAUGCACUGUUCCUGCUGUUCCUGGGCCUGGGCCUGUUCUUGGGAGGCUCUGGUAUACCUUUAACCCUGCUGGGCAUAGCUUUCUGUCUCCAUCCUCCGGCCUGAGAGGUCUCCUAAAACUGAAUGCCUUCUAAAAAAUACACCAGCCAUUCUGCUUCCUCACAUUUCACCGCCUUCAUCCCGAGCUACAUGAGGGUAAAUACUCCAUUGAAUUGAGCUUGAACCUCAGGGGCUUCUGGUUCUAUAAUAUGGACAUUUGAGACCUG